GUACGGCUACUCGGCCGCGCCGCAGCACGCGUCUUUGCCACCAUCGACGAGAAAAAAAAACAACUUAAAAAAAAUAACAGACUCAUAGUGGUUACAUUUUGACAGAUGUCAAAAUUUGUUCCGAGUGCGUUAAUGGACUAGUGUUUGAUAUUUAAAUGUAAAAAAUAUAGUUAAAAAAAAUACUAUCAGUUAUUUACUGUGGAAGUUUAAACUUUGGAUUUUAAAGUUAAUUCUUGGUGUGAACGAGUUGGACAAGCAGGUUGCGCAUACGCACGUAUCGCGACGCUCUUUGCAAGAGCAUCAGUCGAGACCUGGGCGGCGCGCGGGACAGACGUGCGUUACGCAAUUAAAAUUCUCAAUUUUUUUUUUCAAAAAAUCAAUGGAUAAAUAGUGAAGUGCAGUGAUGCAAUAGUGAGCAGUGGAGUGCAAUUUAUUAUUAAAAUAGAAAAUUAAUUUUCAUUUUUUUUUAAGUUUGUUUUUUUAUAAAAUUAUAAUUUAAACAAAAUGCAAGGGCGUGAUAAAUUGUGUGCGAAGCUUACAAGUGCGUUUCUAAGGAAAUGGUGGUUCGUGUUGGCCUCCGCAGUAGUGUUACUGCUACUGGGCAUUGUCUGUGCCAUAUUCUUCGGAUCCUGGGUCCGGAUGUUCAUAGAUCAUGAGCUGGUCCUGCGCCCCGGCUCGAUGACGUUCGAGUGGUGGGCGCGGCCCCCGGUGCGGCCCUUCGUGAAGGUCUACGUGUACAACGUGACGAAUGCUGACGAGUUCCUCAAUAACGGCUCCAAGCCGAUCUUGGAUGAGCUGGGGCCUUAUGUCUACUCGGAAGAAUGGGAGAAAGUGAAUAUCACGGACAACGAGAAUGGAACCCUGUCGUUCCACUACAAGAGGACAUACACCUUCCAACCAGAGCUCAGCAGGGGAAUGGACGAUGAUGCUGUGGUGGUCCCGAACAUACCCAUGUUGAGUGCGACCUCUCAAUCGAAGCACGCUGCUCGGUUCCUCCGACUAGCCAUGGCCUCUAUCAUGGACAUCCUCAAGAUCAAGCCGUUCGUCGAAGUGUCCGUCGGUCAGCUCCUGUGGGGCUAUGAAGAUCCUCUCCUGAAGCUAGCCAAGGAUGUGGUGCCGAAGGAACAGAAACUGCCUUAUGAAGAGUUUGGGCUGUUCUAUGGUAAAAACGGCACCAGCAACGAUGUAGUGACGAUGUUCUCCGGAGCCAACGACAUGACGACCUACGGCAUCAUUAGCCACUACAACAUGCGCGACAGGCUGCAGCACUGGACCAGUGACGCCUGCAACAGCAUCGCAGGGUCUGAUGGAUCCAUCUUUCCCCCCCACAUCACCAUGAAUGAUACCCUCGCUGUUUAUGAUAAGGAUCUCUGUCGAUUGCUGCCUUUGAAGUUCCUCGAGGAAGUGACAAUAGACGGCAUCCAGGGCUACAGGUACACUCCUCCCGAGGAUGUUUUCGCGAAUGAUGAGCACAACCGCUGCUUCUGUCCCGCCGGCCCUCCCUGCGCGCCCAACGGACUCUUCAACGUAUCGCUCUGUCAAUAUGACUCACCCAUCAUGCUAUCGUUCCCCCACUUCUACCUGGCUGACCCCAGCCUCCGCGAGGCAGUGGAGGGCAUCAGCCCGCCCAUCCCAGAGAAACACAGACUUUUCAUCGAUGUACAACCGGAGAUGGGUAUCGCCAUGCGCGCUCGCGCCCGCAUCCAGAUCAACCUGGCUGUGUCGCAGGUGGUGGACAUCAAGCAGGUCGCCAACUUCCCCGACAUCGUGUUCCCCAUCCUGUGGUUCGAAGAGGGUAUCGACGAGCUGCCCGAGCAGGUCCGCUCCCUGCUCCGCCUGGCGACGCAGGUCCCCCCCCUGGCGCGCAGCGCGCUCGGCUGGGGACUGUCCGCGCUCGGACUACUGCUCAUACUGCUCGCUGUCACCUGCCUCAUCAGAUCCUCCCACCGCCAAAGUACGUUAAGACUAGAAGGGCACGUGGUAGCGAAACCGCCGCCCGCCAAGACCCCGAGCAAAGACAACGGCUAUGAGCUAAAUAGCCGGAGAUAAUCUAUAAUCUAAGCAAUCUGUUAAUUACCUACUUUGUAAUGUUACAAGAAUUUCUGAUCAGCUCGGUAAAUACGUCAUUAAUGUCAACUGUCAGGUUUGACAGCUGUCAUAACUGUCAACUGUCAGGUUUGACAGCUGUCACAACUGUCAGAUGUCAAAAGGUUGUGUGGAAAUUUGAAGUUUGUUUUUUUUUAUGUAAAGAGUCGAAGGUAUUGGUUGUAUAACUUGUGUAUGGUAUUUUAUUUUUUAAUUUUUGACUUAUUUUUGACUGGUAUUCUACUGUGGUGCCGACUGUUAUCAGCUUAUUAGAAAUUCUGUUUAAAAGAAAACUGUCUUAAGACUUAAGUUUUGUUUUAUAUUCGUGCCUUAAAUCAUAUUUUUUGUCUUACUCUAGAAUCGAAUCUCAUUUAAAAUGGGGGUGAUUAAAAAAAUGAUUUUUAUACACGAAUAUAAAAGGUUUAGCUAAAAUACCUACUUACUUAGUUUUUAUUUUUAGAUUUUAUAAUCUGUAGUCACAAAGUAUUUUUAAUCUAUAUUACAGAGUGUUGCCAGGCCAAAAACUAUUUCAAUAUGGCAACUUCCGGUCUUAAGGCAGUUACUUUAUGAAAUGCCAUUGCUUUUGUAGUUCUUGUAUUGUUUUGUUUAAUAUUGUAAAUAAUUAAUAAGUGUGGGAGAGCCAUGCUUCGACACUGCUGGGCCGGCUCGACCGGAGUGAUACCACGGCCUCACAGAAAACCGACGUGAAACAACGCUUGCGUUGUGUGAAUGAGGUUACCGGAGGCCCAAUUACUCUCCUUCCCAAUCUUCCCAAUCCCCGAUUCCCCAACAACCCUAAAUUCCUAACCCCCAAAAUACCGGCAACGCACUUGUAACGCCUCUGGUGUUUCAAGUGUCCAUGGGCGGCGGCGAUUGCUUACCAUCAGGUGAUCCGUCUGCUCGUUUACCGGCUUAUACCGUAAAAAAGACAUAAUUAUUUACAAUAUUAAAGAAUUCUAUUCAUCCUAAAAAGACUACAAAGUAAUGGUUAUGUACCGACAUCGAAUAGACAAUAUUACUGUAUAAUUUAAUUUUACGUACUUUUUUUUCAUUUAGCAACACUGUUAUCAAAGCACGCACGCACUUGCGACUCGAUCGCGCGAUUUCGACAUUUUUUUUUAUCCUAAUUCUUUAUUCAACUGUAAAUAUUUUUGAAAUGUAUAAUUUUUCUUCGUUUCGUUUUUUUAAUGACUUUGCGAUUAGUCGCGCGUUUUAGUCGCAAGUGCGUGGUCUGCGUUCGGAAAUAUGUUUAUUUUGUAGUUUUUAUGGAGCAUUUGCGGUUACUUUUAUACCACCUUAUCUCGUAAGUUAGAUAUUUUGAAUUGAAGGCAUUUUAUAUACUAUUUGACAGUCAUUUUGUGACAAAAAUCGUGUAUUUUGUAAAAUUCUAUGAAAAUAAAUAAAAUAGCAUUAGUUUCGAUUCUAAAUUUCAUAAUUAAACAUAAUUAUUUAUACCGAUUUACGAAUUAUAUUCACUUCAAGCAACACAGUUUUAAUCGAUCAAAUAUUAUAUCGUUGUUUCAAUUUAAUUUUUUUAAAUACAUACUUAUAAAGCAUUAUGCCUUCAAUUCUAAAUGUUUUUUUUUUGUAACUUUUAUAUGGCUACACAUUAGUCUUCAAUUGUGAUAAGCAAUAUUCCAAGUUUUAUUAUUUUUUUUUACAAUAAUUAUUAAUUAAAAUAAAUUAGUAAAAUAUUGAACAAAACAUUUUUAAAUUACCGGCUAAGUUGGGAUUAUUUUGAUCCUAUAUGGUCAUUUUGAUCCAAACCCCGGCUUGAUUUUGAUCCUAACGAUGUCAUUUUGAUCCAACCCCGGCUUGAUUUUGUUCCUAACGCGGUCAUUUUGAUCCUAGAUAACCAAUAGUAAAUCAGAACAAAGCGUGUAUUAAUUUUUCAUUGGUUGAAAGAUUGGAUCAAAAUGACCGUGUAGGAUCGAUCCCAUAUUGACUUGAUAAUUAUUUUACAAUUGAUUGACAUAUUAUAUUUUUUUAUAAUUAUUGAGAAUAUUUUAAAGUGUUUUGUUGACAUUCGAUUUUGACUGUAUUUUUUUUUAACUGUAAAUAUUCAUCGGUGAAGUUUGCUUAGGUUAUGAUUUGUGGCUGUUAAAUUUAUUUAUGGAUUAUUUCUGUUUAUCAACCAUUUUUGCUAUUCAUUUUAAGUAAUCUACAAUUUAUUGGAAUUUUUGUAUGUUAACAAUAAUUAUUUUAACAGUUUUUUCGAAAAUUUCUCUGUAGUAGCACGGAGUCUGGAAUUGUGCCCAGUAUAUGGCAAUAGGCUCACCCGCUAUUACAUGGGACUUAUAACACAAAUGGUGAAAAGUGGGUGUACAUUGUAUAGCGGUAUUACGUGCCGUAAUGUGCACCUCUGCCUCCCCUUUCGGGGGUGAAAGGCGUGACGUUGCUUUUAUAAUAUUUUGACUGGUCUUUUAAAAUAAAUAAUUAAUAGCCAUAAUCAUAGCUGAAAAGUAAAUUGACAUUUUAAUUUUAUUUUUUAAUCCUCUGGGCGUUGGGUUGCCAUUAGAAAUCUUAUGUAUCGGUUUAAAAAUAAGACAGGUGUUUAUGUUUGUAACUACGAAGUUAUCGAUACAUUUAUAAUCGACUAUUAAAAUCGAUAUUUUGAAAUUCCUUACCUUGACAUCAGCAUGUCAAACUAUACUAAACUCUCAAAAUUAUUCAAUGGAGUUUCAAUCUUAUUCUUAAUAAAUUAGAGUUGAAAAUGUAUUGAAUGGUUAAGGGUAGGUUGAUAUGCGUUUGUCCAUACGAAAAAUAGUCGAUUGUAUCGAUAAAAUCGGAAGUGUAGAGGUGUAGAGAAAAAUAUAUUUUUUUAAUAAAAAAAACUAAUUUACCGAUAGUUGCUAGUCUAUUACUCGUGGUCCGUCCAUAGAUUUUUAGUUUAUAGUGUAUUUUUUACCAAUAUUAAAGUUUCUUGUAGUUUUUAUAUAAAUAUAAAGAGGAGCGGUUUCUAUGUAUUUUUCUAAGAUUUUUUUCCUGUGUGAGCAAAUGUAUUGUGUCUAAGAAAUUAUGAAAAAUAUUUGGCCAAGUUUUUUGUGACUGUGUUUGGCCAAGAAAACUGAAAAAAGUGAAUUAAAAUUAUUAAAAAUGGGAUCAAAUUAUUUCUAAAUACUUGGCUAAGACGGCCAAGUUUGUAUUUUGCUAACUCAGAUUUUUUCAAUGAGAAAAUAUGAAUGAAUAACAAUUUUUUGAAAUACCUACUUAACUUCAUAAAAGACAGCCUUAGGGUGCUUUUCCACCAGAGAUGUGCUAUGUAGCUAUGCUAGUGCUAAUUUAAACUAUUAAGAAGGCGCUAAUAUCAAAGAAACGUGCUACAAUUUAAAACUGUGCUCACUUAUACGUCAUGACGAGUCUACCAUUUUAAAAAGGUAACGCCUACCUUCGCAAAAGGUAGUCAUUAUUAUAUAGACGAUGACACAUGACAUGACAAAACCUGACAAAACCCGACACUGACGUUUGACAUUGAAAUGCCACUAAAAUUCAGUAGAAAAUCUUUUUUAAUACCUACAAAAUUAUUGAUUAAUUUUCACUGGACUGUUCGGUUUUCGCCUUUUGCUUACUCUCAAUAAUAUCUGUUGACGGGAAACUUCGUCGGUAGCUAAUUUAAAGUUUUAACUAAGUUUCUUAAAGGUAAUAAUAGGUUUUUCGAAGUUUUAGUGCAAUCAAAAAUUACUAGUAACUCAAUAAAGAUUUAAACAUUCCAAUAAUUUUAAAUGAAGUACUUUUUUAAAGUCCAUUGCUCAAAUACUCACUUUCAAAGCUAAAAUAUUUACCAUAUUUUCUAGUAAAGGCAUUUGAAUUGUUCAAUUUCGACAUUUUUAUAUAAAGAAAAAAAUACGUUUUUACUUUCCACACUUAUUUCGAUUUACUAAAAAUUAAAUGUUAAAGUAUGAAUGGGAUUUUAUUAUAUUGGUGCUUAAAACUUUGUAGAUCGAUCGAAAAUCGUUGUGGAAUUAUUAAAUAAGUAUUUUUGUAACUUAACUUAGGACGAGUGGUGUAAAUUAAGUCUUUUUAAAUGGCAGCCAUUUAAAAAGACUUAAUUAUGACUUGACUAAUGCCCGAAUACUCAAACGCUACUCAAUUUUAAGACGCUCUCAAAUGUAGUUCUGUCACUAUCAACGCUUUAUAAAGUGACAGAGAUAGCACGAUAUUUAAGUACAACUUAAAAUUGAGUAGCGUUUGAGUCGGACUCGAAAAUGUGGCCAAGUGCAAAAUUCUUGGCCAAUAUUUUUUUAACUUUUACAACGUAUCCAUUUUAUGUAAUCUUGGCCAGAAAUGUCAGCCAAGUUAAUGUAUAUUUUUAAAAACUUGGCCAAGUUAAAAUAUUGGGGCCAAGUCGGCGAUUUUUUGCUCAAAUUCAGUAAUUUUAGAACAUCACUUAAAUAUAUUUUUUAAUGUUAAAUUCGUUCGUAAAUUGUAAAUAAAAUGAAGGUGUAAGAUA